AUGGAUACACCUAAAAGGUUUAACGACCCUGGCAGCGAUUUUCUGGCGACUACCCCGUUUCGUGAAAGAGCUCUUCAAGAGCAGAGGCUAAAAGAAGAGUUAUUAUCAAGUGCUACUCCAGGUUGGAGAAGAAAAAGCCCAGAAAGACACGUUGAUGCCAUCUCGAAGGAUCCCAGUGAAGUUAAAGAGUAUCUGAGAGAUCUAAGUUCAGUGCUGGUAUCUCAAGGGCGUAACUUGACUAGUUUCUUAGCAGAACAGGUUUCUACACAGGAUGAUCAAGCGGAUACUGAGAUUAAAUCAUCACCAAAAGAGCCAACACCGCAGAAACCUCACUAUUCUAUCGCAGAAUCAGUUCUUUCACAGUUAGAAUCAGGUAUUCGAAAGCCUAAAAUCCGUAAGAUCGACGGUUUAGUGAUAAAGGACAAGGCAAGGACACCUUUUCAGGAGGAUCAUCUACCUGAGCGGCAAAUGAGCUUACAAGAAUCCGUACGGAGCCCCUCUGUCGUGGAAGAAAGUAUACCUAUACCAGAAGAUGAUUACGAGGAUGAACCAUUGGUAGAGAAUGGGCUGGAUCCUUCUCCGCUGGCGUCAGCGCCAAUUGAAAGUCCACAGGGUUUUGAAAGCGAUCAGAGCAGCGUGGAUUCAGAACCGGAAACAGUAGAUCCUUUGAAUAUAACUCGUCUAAAGCAUUCUUUAGGUCAGUUUAUGAAUGAAAAUGAUAUUAAGCUGGGUCAAGGUUCUUGGAGGUCUUUACAAGACGCAUCUGUAACGUUGGUAGAAAGGUUAGCCAAGCAUUUCACUGAGGAAGAUCGAAAAAUUGUACUAGAUAGACAGAGCAUUUUGAAAAUGCUUGAACAAUUUGAGAUUGUACCGUUGAGGGCCACUAAUGAUGACAUUUUCGAAAUGUGCUGCAAGUAUUUGCCUUUAGAAGAUUUGAAUGAAUUAGAAAUGGGGUUAUUUCUCUAA